AUGGAGCAGUUUGGCAAGGUUAUCGAGGUCUUUGUCAACAGCAACGGCAUCCUCGCAUUUGUCUGGGGUCCUCUCAAGCUUUCACUUUUGACUGCCAAAGGUGGCGCCGACCCAUUCGAUUGCCUGCUUGAUGCUUACAGCACAAUCGAGAAAAUUUUACCCAUUUUUAAGAAUUACCAGCAUAUCUUCGGUCAGAUACUACAGUUCAAUCGGUGCUGUCCUCGAUAUGGGAACCAAUUCUUGAUUUGCACAGAAGAGCUCUACGCAUAUUUGCAAAGUCGGGAUACUCAUAGGAUCUCCAUGGUAGCGAGUAACCCACCGGGUCAGGUCAUGUAA